AUGUGCACCGCUGCUCUGGACCACUGCCCUUCCUGCUGCAGCGACCAUGGCAGCGUGUACACCCGCCACUGCGUCGUCUUCUACGAACUGACGCCCAACGCCUACGUCAGUGUCUCUCACCCCAUCGGCGGAAUGAUUCCCAGGAGAAGACGGAAGCAGUGCGAGGAUUGCAGGCAGAGGGCCGAGAGGACCGAGCGGAGGAACGAGCGAUUGAAGAAGUGGCACCUUGCGUCUCUCUUCCAGUUCGAAUCGAGACAACCGAGGUGUCCCGAUUGUCCAGCCUGCCAGGGCCACGACGAGGCUCGCCAGCCCGAGGGCGCCGUCCCUUCGCACUAUUUUCAGCUGCGCCGCGGCCCGAUGGCAAGCACGUACAUGGUCGUGGCGAUGGCUAGGGCGCGCCGACAAUCACGUCCACGAAAGGGGGCGAGAGAGCUGGCCAGUGGGAUUGUGCUUCAGCGGUACGACGGAGAGCGGGUGCUCGUGAUGCUCGAUAUGGAGCCACGAGUGCAAGACUCGGUCAAGUUCUACAUGGUGGAUAUCGAGAUCGAACCGUUGCAGGACCGUUCCCUCAAUGAAACGGGCAGAGAGGCUUAUGUCUAUGCCUCUAUCAAGCAACGAGGAGGAUAA